UUCUUACGAAGAAUGUUACUGCCUAAAGGUUUCAAAGGGGAUGACUGCUCACAAAGAGAUGGUGAAUUUCUGCAAAAUAUAAGAUUCAUUAGUGCACCCGUAGACCGAACGAUAAAGAGAGGUCAAGGUUACGUAGAAGAAUGUGAAGUUGAAGUUCCAUAUGGAGUGCAGGUAGAAUAUAAUUGGUCAUUAAAAGGAACAUUGAUAGAGCCGUACAGUAAAAAAGCAGGCUUUGGAACUCAUCCAGGUGGAGUACUACAGAUUGAUGACUUUUCGGACGCAUUGGUGGGACAAUAUUCAUGCUUUGCGACAACCUCUGGUGGAACAGCGGAACACACGUUUGAGUAUAGGAUUGCAGAAGAUUGUAACGUCAGAAUAUUCCCUGGACCUCAGUCAGAGAGCAAAAAGAUAAACGAAAUGGCUUUACUUAUAUGCCGCGUGGACCACCGGGCCAAAGAAGUUCGAUGGAAGAAAGAUGGAGUUUACAUUGAUUAUGACAAGGAUGAUAGAAUUAAGGUAUUUUUACAUUUUACCUUUUUAAUCAAGUUAGUACGUAUUUCCAUACGUGGGCAAACAUAA